UUUUUUUGACCAUAAAUUUCUCCUUCCUUGGAAGCUGGAUUCUCCAGGAAUCAAUCAAAGCUCCUCUCUCUGUCCCGCUUAAUUUUACAAUCGCCCAACAAUGAGCGGAGAUAAUCGAAGACGGGAUCGAAAAGACUCGCGGUGGGCGAAGAAGCCGAGAGUAGUGAACACUGCAGAAGAUGAACUCGAAUCUAAACUCGGAUUUGGGCUUUUCUCCGAAGGUGAAACGCGACUUGGGUGGCUACUCACAUUCGCAUCGUCAUCUUGGGAAGAUCGAGAUACUGGGAAAGUCUAUAGUUGCGUGGACCUUUACUUUGUUACUCAGGACGGGUUUUCUUUCAAGACAAAAUACAAGUUCCGCCCUUACUUCUAUUUAGCCACUAAAGACAAAUUGGAAUUGGAAGUUGAAGCCUACUUGAGACGCUGAUAUGAAAGACAGGUUGCUGGUAUUGAGAUUGUUGAUAAAGAGGAUCUUGAUCUUAAAAAUCAUUUAUCUGGCCUGCGAAAAAAAUAUUUAAAAGUAUCAUUCGAUACUGUGCAACAAUUGAUGGAAGUCAAGAGGGAUCUGUUGCAUAUUGUCGAACGAAACCAGGCUAAAUUUGAUGCACUUGAAGCUUACGAAUCCAUAUUGGCUGGAAAACG